UUGGUUAGGCAUCAAGGAUUAAACGUUAAAUCAACUUUGAAUUUUAUUUGGAAAAUAUGUUUCAUUUUUAGUCAGUGCCUACAGUUGCUCCUGAAAUCUCUUGUCUACCAGUUUUUGGUUUAACAAGUCUUUAUCUCUUUUUAUCCACCCUCUGGUUUUGUGUUCAAUCAAAUCAUUUUUCACUUUAGUCUACCAACAUACCAAGUGCCAGAAUCAUCAUCGUCGCACUUUAAUCAUUAAAACUCUAAUUGUUACAAUUUAUUAAAUUAUUUGGUUUAUUUAUCAACAAUACAUACAUUCAGUUAAGAUACAACUUCAAAUGUGCCUCUGACCGUCUUGUCUUAUCUGUGCAUCAGAUGAUCACUAGAUAAUUGUCAUCUAUUCUUGGUUACUGUGAUCUCGUACGACUUAGUUUUAAUUAAAUAAUUGUAUUUUCAAGACCAUUCCAAUUGACCGGUAACUCAACUAUCUAAAUUUAAACAUAUUACUGGUGUAAAAGUAUGAAUUUUUCUUGUUGCGUUUUAUUUUAAAGACAAUAAGUACAUACAUUGUAUAUUCACUGUAUCUACACAACAGCAACAACUUGUUAAAUCAUCUGUUUCUAAGUUGACUUGCCUGACACUUCUCUAACUGUUUCCAAUGGAUGUCCAACAAGUGUCACUAUCAUCUUCACCUAAAGAAUCUUCACAUAACCCAUCAACAACACCAGAUGAAUCGAAUAACCUAAUUAAAUCAACAAAUAACAAUGAUAUUGAUGGAAAAUCAUCGCCAAAAGCCAACUCCUCGCACAGCAAAUAUAUCCAUUCUUUUAAAGAAAGAGAGUCAAUUUUAACCGAUAUUUUCAAAACAAAUGUACACAUCAAUUCAGCAUACAAUCUAUUUCUAUCAUUAACAAUUUUAUUCUUGUUCACUCAACUGGGACAAUAUUUGUUGGAUUUAAACGAGUUGACACAAGAUUUAAAUUACAUGAAAUGGGCUUUCGGAAAAUUUCACCUAGGAUUGACUGUUAUUUCCUAUUUAUUUUUUUGUUCUACAAUCCAAUGGAUAAUCAUCCGCUCAAUAAAUAAAAUGUCAACAACUUUCUGGAUAGCUGAGACAAUCCUUAUCCUGAUGUUCACAGUGAUUCCCACUACCUUAAUUAACAAGAUUCAAUUUUCACCCUUCCUGGCGUUAGCUAUUUACUUGGAACAGAUGAGAAAUGGCAUGAAGAGUUGGUCAUUAGUAGUUGAAAACAUGGAUCUACCACCAGGAAGUAGAGCGACAUUCAAACAGUUUUGCUACUUUAUGUUUGCUCCUACCUUACUUUAUCGAUCUUCUUAUCCAAGAUCAAAAACUCGAAGCUGGCGCAAAGUUUUACUCCUUUUUUUCCAAUUCUUAGCUUGUAUUUUCGUAGUUUUUGCAAUAGCUAGACGUUUUGUCAGUUACACAUUCAGUACAACCGGAAUCGUGCCUCUAAAAAUUAAUGAAUUACCUGUAAUCUUCUCAAUUGCCCUGGUUGUAGGUCUUGUCCUCAAGUUUUGCCUUAUGUUUGGUUUCCUGCAUUCUUGGCUAAAUAUGUGGGCUGAAAUGUUACAAUUUGCUGAUCGAUUCUUUUACGAUUCUUGGUGGCUUUCGUCUUCAUUCGGUGAAUAUUACCGAAAGUGGAACCUUGUUGUUCAUGUCUGGCUCCAUACUUACAUUUACAAUCCUCUUAACAAGAAGUAUGACAAUCGGAAUUUAGCUGCUACAGCUACUAUGGUCUUCUCGUCGUUAUUUCAUGAAUAUGCAUUGUCCAUGGCUUUUGGCUUCUUUUAUCCCGUUUUAACCUUAAUGUAUUUCAAUGGAAUCUAUUUUUACUUUGCAACUCUUCAUUUCAGUGGUAAAACCAAUACAGCCAUGAACACGUCAAUAUUUGCUUCACUUAUCCUUGGCAUUGCUAUUCAAACCAUGUUAAUUCCUAUGGAAUGGUAUGCUCGAUUGAAUUGUCGACCAGUCUAUAAGGAUUUCUUGCGGGACUUUUUUAUACCAAGGACUCCAUUCUGUGUUAGAUUUGAAUGAACCUUUUCCAAUUCAUGAUUUUUUUAAUUUUUCUUGAAUUUGCAUUCAUUAAAUUUGCUCUCCACUUAAAUCAUUUUCACAUACUCUCAUCAUGGGUUUACACGGUAUCAUUAAAAAAUUCAGAGAUCAAUGUAUUUUUAAUUAAAUGAGCUUAUUGUUUUUUAA